AUUGUUAAACGUCACUUCCUUCGCAGAGAUCCCCAACAAGAAACCAGAAACUAGUCAAUAUACUUACAAAGAACUUCUGCUUUUGUUGUUUUAGCGUAGGUCGUUAGCGAAAAUAUGUCGUAUUUAAAUAUAGCUAGAUAACUCUGCUACUUGUUUAUUCAUAUUUCGCUUACCGAUAUGGGCUGUGAACUUUUCCGACUUGUUAGCAAGCUAACGAUAGCUAGCUAGCUACAACCUAACGUGCCAGCAAAUUAGCAGGCUAUAUAGCUAGCUAAUAAUUAACCAUGUCUAACUCUUUGACGGCAGAGCAGCAGCAGAAGAUAGAGGACAAUAGACGGAAAGCUUUAGCGAUUAGAGCACAGAGACAGGCUGCUCAGUCAAACAACCAGACGCCCAUAUCAGGGCUCAACAACCCAGCCAGUGUUCCUCAGCAAGGCAUUAACCCUCACUCUGGUCCACCUUCUAACUCAACUCCCCGACCAGGAGUAACUCAUCAUCCACCUAAUACUGUGCUUCAGAAUUAUGUUCCACAGGGUCAAGACAGGAGACCUAACCAGUUGUUUUCUAGCCCAAGGGACAAGUCUGGACAGAAUUCACUCUUCUCCCAUACUGCCACUAAACAGAUCAAAGUAAUAGACCCACUACCUCUCCCAAAGGGACAACAUUCCUUGAAAGGGUUAGAUGUGUCAACAGGAGGAAGCCCCUCAGUGUUCAAACCUCUUCAGCCAAAGACCUCAGGUGGCCCAUCAUCUUCCAUUUCUGGAGGUUCCACUGGUACUGGUAGUUCAUAUGGAGCCAAGUCAUCCUCAUCAGGCCAAAAUGUAUCCUCUGUGUUCAAACCUCCACAGCCGAAUAGAGCAGUGUUACCGGGUCCAUAUCCUACUUCUACAAGUGCAACUGGCAGUUUCUCUGUUUCUAAACCUCAUCCAAAGACCUCUUCUUCUGGCCUGUCUUCCAGUUCUGGAAGUGCCAUUGGUAGUUUCUAUAAACAAGGAACCAAACAUGGAGCCACAUCACCAUCUGUCCAGAGUGCUGUGAGACGGCAGCCUUCCUCCAGCAGUACUGACGUUAGUAACUCUCCACCUGUGAAGACCCCUGCCGUCACAGUCAGAGGGAAAUGUGUCUCUCACUCAGAGGAGCGUUUCAGAGUGGAAGUCGGCUACCAUGUUGAGCUGAUUGCUGUGUUCAAAAACAUCCCUUCUCGGAACUAUGACCCUGCUACCAAGAUGUGGAACUUCAGCCUUGAGGACUAUCGUCAGCUAAUGGACGAGGCAGGCUCCAUCUCCUGUAUAUGUCUGACACCUCUGGUGGGGGGUAUUGAUGUGGCGCCGGCGUCUAGCCGGUCCCGUGACACUGCUACGCUUGGGGCCCUGCUGAAGCUGUGUAGUGGCUGGCAGAGACCAGGGGCCACCUUACAGGGCCACGCCACCCUGGUGUCACGAUCACGCUUCGAGGUCGACGUUGGGUACCAUGUCGACGUCAUCGCUGCUUUCAAACAGAUGCCUUCCAAGAACUAUGAUAUGAAGACAAGAAAGUGGAGUUUCUUGCUUGAGGAUUAUAAAAGACUUAUGGAUGCUCUCGGUGCCAUUCCAUCAGUAGAGAUUGAGCCUCUCCCAAGGGGUGUGAUCCAGGUGUUCUCUGCCCUGUUCGAAGGCAGCCAAUCAUCAGAGGUUCCUGAAGCUGACCUGUCCUCCAUCGACCCCUCAUUGACACGUAGUCUCAUGCCCUUCCAGAGAGACGGUGUCAACUUUGCUGUGUCCAAAGAUGGCCGCCUCCUCCUGGCUGAUGACAUGGGACUGGGGAAGACAGUACAGGCCAUUUGCAUAGCUGCCUACUACAGGAAAGAGUGGCCUUUAUUAGUGGUGGCCCCUUCUUCUGUCAGAUUCACCUGGGCUGAGGCCUUCAGGCAGUGGCUGCCCUCUGUGCAGCCUGACAGUAUCAAUGUGAUUGUCAAGGGGAAAGACAACCUGAGGGGGGGUCUGGUCAACAUCAUCAGCUAUGAUCUACUGAGCAGGAUGGACAAGCAGCAGGUCGCUAACCCCUUCAAUGUCCUCAUAAUGGAUGAGUCCCACUUUCUGAAGAACAUGAAAACUGCCCGCUUUAAGGCUGCCUUGCCGCUGCUCAAGGUAGCUAAGCGUGUGAUCCUGCUGUCGGGGACUCCUGCCAUGUCCAGACCCUCAGAGCUCUACAGUCAGAUCCUGGCUGUCAAGCCCUCCCUGUUUCCCCGCUUCCGUGACUUUGGGACCAGAUACUGCAAUGCCCGACAGCUGCCGUGGGGUUGGGACUACUCCGGCUCCAGUAACCUUGGAGAACUGAAGCUGAUGUUAGAGGAGAGUCUAAUGCUACGCCGUCUCAAGUCAGAGGUCCUCUCUCAGCUUCCUGCCAAGCAACGCAAGGUUGUCACGGUGACCACAGACGGUAUCAAUACCCGCACCAAGGCAGCCCUGUCUGCCGCAGCCAAUGAUCUGGCCAAGGGACAACACAACCACAACAAGAUGAAGGAGGCUCUUCUGGUCUUUUUUAACCACACUGCCGAGGCCAAGAUUAAAGCCAUCAUGGAGUACAUCAUGGACAUGCUGGAGUGCGGAAGAGAGAAGUUCCUGGUGUUUGCUCAUCACAAGCUGGUCCUGGACGCUAUCACCACGGAGUUGGGGGAGAAGGGUAUCGACUAUAUCCGUAUAGACGGCUCCACCCCGUCCGCAGAGCGGCAGCAGCUGUGUAACCGGUUCCAGUUCACUGACAACAGCUGUGUAGCGGUGCUCUCCAUCACUGCAGCUAACAUGGGCAUCACCCUGCACUCUGCUGCUCUGGUGGUGUUUGCUGAGCUAUUCUGGAAUCCCGGGAUAAUGAUCCAGGCUGAGGACAGAGUGCAUCGUAUCGGUCAGACCAGCAACGUGGACAUCCACUACCUGGUCGCCAAGGGAACCGCAGAUGACUACCUGUGGCCGAUGAUCCAGGAGAAGAUGCACGUUCUGGAGCAGGUGGGGCUAUCAGAAUCCAACCUGUCAGAGAAGGCAGAGUCUGCCAGCUUCCACUCCAAGGACUCCCAGCAGAGGAGGAUCACAGAGAUGUUCCAGAGGUCGUUCACUGAGGUGGAUGAUGAUAUGGAUGAAGCUCUCCUAUUGGAGGCUGUGGAGGCCUGGGAUGACCCUAGCAACCAACCAGGAAGUGAUGUGGAAGAGAGCCCCAGCAAGAAGAGACGCAUAGAGGACUACUUUGGCAGAUAAUUCCUGGAGGAAAUCAAGUGAUGUCCCAUGUAUACCUAUGGUCUCCUAUCAUAAUGAAACACAUUAUCAUGAGUACUUUGUUGGAUCAGCUGUUUCUGGGUAUUGUUUUUCAUCUUUGUAAAUAUUGCUCUCAACAAACUUUUUCUUUGCAACCAAAAGUAAAUAAAAGGAAUUUUUGGAAAUGA